AGAACAGUUUUAAGGAAGGAACAAAUCCAAAAUUCCAAAACCAAAAAAAGUAGAGAAAGUCCAAAACAGAGCACUCUGUUCUUCUGAAACGCGAAAUCAUCAAUCAAUCUCAAUUCUCAUCUCCAGUAAGAGCUACAAAUUCGAGCUUGGUUUUUGAAUCAGAAACCCUGGGAAAAUUGAAAUUCGAUCGUUUUGGAUUGUUGGACAAAAAUGGCGAAUCUCUACGUGCAGGCGUUUCCACCGGCGGAUCUGAACCGGAAUACGGAGUGGUUCAUGUACCCAGGCGUCUGGACCACCUACAUCCUCAUCCUGUUCUUCUCUUGGCUUGUCGUCCUCUCCGUCUUCGCCUGCUCCCCCGGCAUGGCUUGGACCGUCGUCAAUCUCGCUCACUUCGCCGUCACUUAUCACUUUUUUCACUGGAAGAAAGGAACCCCGUUUGCUGAAGACCAGGGAAUCUACAAUAGAUUGACUUGGUGGGAGCAGAUAGAUAAUGGACAGCAACUCACGCGCAACAGAAAGUUCUUAACUGUUGUUCCAUUAGUGUUGUACCUGAUUGCUUCACACACAACUGACUACCAACAUCCAAUGCUCUUCCUCAACACCGUUGCGGUGAUCAUACUAGUUGUUGCGAAGUUCCCCAACAUGCACAAGGUCCGGAUCUUUGGAAUCAAUGCGGACAAGUGAGUUUGUCUUGCCUCGAGAAUACUCGGUUUCACUUGAUCACAAGGCUUUUUUUUAUCCUUUUGUUCUCCUUGCAAGUUAUAACUUUGUAUAGAAGAUGCAACUGGAAGGAUAUCCAAAAA